AUGUCAAACGUCGUCCUCAUUACGCAGAAGAUAUUCAAGGCUGAUAGUUCAGCUGUAUUUUCCCUCAAAACAUGCAGCGAAGACGACCUUGUAUGUUGUCUACCCGCUUUCAAGGCCACCAUCUGCGAUGGCAUCGUUGGAUUGGCCCCCGUAUAUCGGACCGAUUUCUCAUUGCAGUCUCUCGCAAUCGCGUCUGCCACGACAGUGCUCCUGAUCAAUAUGCCUUCCAGAGCUUCAAAGAAAAAACGACCUGGCAAGUCUAGGAAGGAAAACCAACCAAACGGGCGUCGUCCUCGGGAUGCGUUACGCAACUUCUUAUGUGAUACCACCAUCUUUAAAGUCGCCUUUCAAAUGGAUAGAUUGGCGUCUUCCCUCUUCUUAAACUAUUCUUUGCUCGUCGUUAGUGGGAAAGACCUGCUCUCCUUGUCUGGUGAUGAACGGCACUCCGUCCAAUCCCUGAUGAAUUCUUUGGGAGGCGAGCUCACACUUCACAAACAACACGUCGUCCAGCUAUUUGUUCGAGAGGAAUCUGCAGACAACAAACCAGAGACAACAGCUCUGCAAGCUUGGAGCGCGGGCCAUGCUGCCGUGGUGCCUCAUGUCCAACAAAAGUUAGAGAAGAUCCCCUCAAUCAGCACUGAGGCGAUAGAGGAACGUAUCCUGACGAUCAUAGCACACGCUGUUCGUAAUACAGCCUCUCUCAACGCACUGAAACCUCUGCGAGUAAAGAACGAGAUACAACAACACAGUGCCCGUCAAGGCGGAGAAUUGACGGUCGUGUCACAACGCUAUAAGACACGUCUAAUGCGCACGGCGGGACAUCAGACUGUGGAAAUCACAACGUCCGAAGCUGACGGCAGCAAAAGAGUCAUCCAGGCUAAAGUUUCCGGCACCAAAGGACGACAGGCGAUGAUAUCCCUUAAGGGCACUCUCGAACAGAAUGCUCGACUUCAUUCGGUGGAGACCAUUGGCAGGAGCCCGCCAACUCUAGCGGAGGCGCUCAAAACGACUGUCCUACUUCAUGCGCUCCAGCGACAGAUCUCGUUUUCCAAUCACCCGUUUAUUCAAACGAUGUGGGAGUCCAAAGGAGGCAUCUCUUGGCGAAAGACAGAGAAACUGCGGACGCCUGCACCCUUGUACUAUCCUCCCCGCGGCUUGAAUGCAUCACAAGAGAAAGCUGUUAAUGCCAUUCUCUCUGACAAAGAGAAGUCACGCGUUGUUCUUAUCCAAGGACCACCAGGCACAGGGAAGACUACUGUUAUUGCAGCAGCUGUAACGAGCAUCACCUCUUCUUCUGAUCAAGAAAACACCCUCUGGCUCGUAGCCCAGUCCAACGUUGCCGUCAAGAAUAUAGCAGAAAAGCUGGCAUCUGUCGACUUCCUGGACUUCAAGAUUCUCGUUGCCAAGGAAUUCCACUUUGAUUGGCAUGAACACCUUUAUACGAAAAUCGAGCCGAACCUCAUUCGGUCAGACGAAUUUGUGGCAGAUGGUGUUGUUACGGAACGUCUGCUUCAAGGUUCAAGAGUGAUUUUAUGCACCCUCAGCAUGCUUUCGAACGACAGAAUUUCGGCUUUUAGUAGUUUAGUUCCGUUGCAGACGGUCAUCUUUGAUGAAGCCAGUCAAAUCGAAAUUGGUGACUAUCUCCCCAUGCUCAUUCGCUACCGGCCAACAAUUAGCAAACUUGUGUUCAUUGGCGACAACAAGCAACUGGCCCCGUACGGAGCGAGCGACAUCACAGGCCUAGGUAGCAUCUUCGAGAAAUUGCACCUCACUAGCCGAGCAAUCUUCCUCGAUACUCAAUAUCGAAUGCCGACCCCGAUAGGCUCGUUCAUAUCAGCCCGUGUCUACAAAAACAAGCUCAAGAGCAAGCACCCUAUUUUUGACCCCGCUUGUUGUCGCUUCGUAGACGUGAGCAACGGCGCCGAGGAAGCGAAGGGUCGCAGUUGGCAGAACGUCCGCGAAGCGAGUGUUGCAAUCAAGGUCGCUCGUCAGCUGUUGGCUGCCGGGAAGUCCUUCCGUAUCAUUACGCCCUACGACCCGCAACGCUCGCUCUUGGAGAACAAACUCAAGGAUGCCAAGCUUCCGUGGGAGGAUAAAUGUUUCAACAUCGAUGCUUUUCAAGGCAAUGAAGACGACUACAUCGUCAUAUCUCUUGUUCGUUCCGAGAAGAUGGGAUUUCUGCGCGAAAUGAGACGAGUGAAUGUCAUGCUGACACGAUGCAAGAAGGGGAUGGUCAUCUGUGCAAAUCGCCGUUUCGUUGAAGGGAAGGCUGCCCAGUCGUUGGUGGGCCAGUUGGCAGCAUCGUUGGGUCACGAAACCUGGGUAGGGGCCAACGACGUGUUGACGAAAGGUGUCCAGCCAUUUAGGUGA